AUGCUGCUCGAUGUUGAUAUCUUCAAAACUGAUGAUGAUCUACUUAAAACAUUUCCGAGCGCUGCACCGAAGAUCGAAGUUGAAAAAUUCCAACUUCAGGAUGACGGCACUAACAGUCUUUAUCCACCAUCACCUCCUGAAACGAAGCCAAGUCGCGCCGACCUUGCUAAUGAUCUUCUGCAGCAGCUAGAAAAUAACUGCAAACAAGAAAACAUCUUUCCCAACUGGCUCGAAGAGAAGGUGGAGCUUCCAAUCUUUGAAAACAUCAGUCAAGUGCCAGAACGCGUUGAGGCGCCGUUGCAAGCCGCGCCAGUGCCUCCAGCGGUCUCCUACCACAGUCAUGUGGUGCCACAGCCGACGGAAGAACUUCUACGUGAAUUCGAAUCCGUGUAUGGCGCGGUGGAGCUGACUCAUCUUACCCCGCCGCAGAGUCCGCCUGGCCCUGCUACUCAGUUGCUGCUGAGUUACGCACAGCAAGCUCAAUAUGCUCCUCUUGCUCCCACACUUCCUUUGCAAGCUGCUCAAGAUCAAUGGCCUGUCGCGCAUACGUCGUCAGUGUUGCCAGCUGAAUACGAUUGCGAUCUCCAAGCUGUUGAAGAGCUGGUUCGUCAUCGCGCAGCUCUAUUAUCAUCCCCUCAAUGUUCAGCCGACAGUGGUAGUGUUUCGCCUCGUUCUUCACCACCCUCGUCGCCGCGUUCGUCGUCAACUGACGAAGAAUGGUCUGCUCCGUCUCGACCUAAACCUUAUUCUCGGAAUGUAGAUGACCGUCGUUCGCGCAAAAAGGAGCAGAAUAAGAAUGCUGCCACCCGCUAUCGUCAGAAGAAAAAGGCCGAGAUUGAAGUUCUGCUUAAUGAAGAGCAGCAGCUGCGUCAGCGCCACACAGAGCUUGGCGACAAAUGUUCAGAUCUUCAGCGUGAGAUUCGUUAUCUAAAGGGCCUUAUGCGCGACCUUUUUAAGGCUAAAGGCUUAAUAAAGUAA